AUGACUAACGAUGAUAUUGGUGAUGAAGAACUAUUCGGAAAAAACUGGAUUGAAACAUUAAAUGAUGAAGAAUUUACACAGCUAUACUUCGCAUCACGUUUGAAUCUUGUUGAAAGACGGAAUCCUCAAAAUUUUGUAGAAGUAUUUGAAACUAUACUUGGGCGACAGCAAACGGAUUCGGAUGAUACGUAUGAUGAUAUUAUUCAUGAUAUUUUUCGUGAUCGAAAUGUUAUAGAUCGAAUUAAUUUUUCUCUUUUGCAUCUUCCGGAGAAUUGGAGUAAUAUGAGGAAUACUUUAAGGAAUUCAAAUUUAUGUUCCAAUCUUCCAGAUCAGCCAAAUUUUAUAGAAUCUCUUUCUUUUAUUUUGCCUACCAGAUCCUCUCAACUUUCUGCUCUUCUUCCAGGGGAUAAUCUUUCUUCACUUUUAUCAGCUUCUGCUUCGCUAAUAGAAACAGGCCCACUGAAUGCUCUGGAUUUAUUAUCUAAUUCUCUUUUUCCUCAUCUGGGCUCUGAUUUUCAUCGAAUUUGUCGGGGUAAAUUUGUUGAUUUGCCUUCUUUCGCAUCAGAACGAUUCUCACCUACCAUCGAAUGUAAAGUCCCACAAUUACUUUUAGAUCUGAGAAAUAAAUGUUUAGACAUUGACCCUCAGAAACGACCGACUGCCAAAGAUUUAGUACUUACUUUGAGACAAUAUCGAACAGACAUACUUAAGAAUAGAAAAACUGAGUUAUGUAAACAAAUUGAAGAAAUUGAGAAUUCAACUGAAAACUCAUUAAAUUGUAGUCAGAUUAAUUCAGCAGGGUUUAAUUAUAAGAGACAUCCACAAGCUACUUAUACAAGUUCACAACUCAUGUGGGCUGCUGAUUGGCUUUAA